GCGGCUGUAAAUGAAUGGCAGGAAACGUUAUUGAUGGGUCGAACUCCCAAUGAAGGCUCCGCUAGCCCUCGACUUCCUUGACUCUGAGCGGCUAAUUAAUAUAUUCGUAAGGGAGGGACCACCGCAUAGUCAUCUCACAGUAGCUUCUGGAACCUCAUGGUAGCACGAUGGCUAAGGUGUCAGAGUUGAAAGACAAAGGCAACAAGGCACUGAGCAGCGGCCAGCUAGAUGAGGCGGUGCGUUGUUAUACGGAGGCCUUGACCCUCGACCCCUCCAACCAUGUGCUGUACAGUAACCGUUCUGCAGCCUAUGCCAAGAAGGGAGAUUAUGAGAAUGCCCUAAAGGAUGCUUGCAAGACUGUGGAGAUCAAGCCUGAUUGGGGCAAGGGCUAUUCUCGCAAGGCUGCAGCAUUGGAGUUCCUCAAGCGAUUUGAGGAGGCCAAGGUGACCUACGAGGAAGGGCUCAAGCACGAGCCGACCAACCAGCAGCUGAAGGAUGGACUUCAGAACAUGGAGGCACGGCUAGCAGAGAAGAAGAUGAUGAACCCUUUUGCUAUGCCCAACUUGUAUGAGAAGCUGGAAAGUGACCCUCGAACCCGGGCACUCCUGGCAGAGCCUGGAUAUAGAGAACUAUUGGAGCAACUGAGGAACAAGCCUUCUGACCUUGGCACGAAGCUGCAGGACCCUCGGGUGAUGACCACGCUCUCUGUCCUGCUGGGCUUUGACUUUGCUGGGGGUGAGGAAGAUGAAGAGGAGCCCACCCCGCCACCACCCCCCAAAGCAAAACCGCAGCCUCCCCCACCCAAAGAGGAGGACCUGCCGGAGAACAAGAGACAGGCUCUGAAGGAGAAAGAUCUUGGCAACGAGGCUUACAAGAAAAAGGACUUUGAAACGGCAUUGAAGCACUAUGAGGCUGCACUACAGCAUGACCCCACCAACAUGACCUACCUUUCCAAUCAAGCAGCUGUAUUCUUUGAGAAGGGCGAGUUUGAGAAGUGCCGAGAGAUGUGCGAGAAAGCCAUCGAGGUGGGCCGGGAGAACCGCGAGGACUACAGACAGAUCGCAAAGGCUUAUGCAAGGAUUGGAAACUCCUACUUUAAGCAGGAGAGGUACACAGAUGCCAUCCACUUCUAUAACAAGAGCUUAACUGAGCAUCGCACCCCUGAAGUGCUGAAGAAAUGCCAGCAGGCAGAGAAGAUUGUGAAGGAGCAGGAAAAGAUGGCCUACAUCAACCCUGAGAUGGCCUUGGAGGAGAAGAACAAGGGGAAUGAGGCCUUCCAAAAGGGUGACUAUCCGCUAGCCAUGAAGCAUUACACAGAGGCCAUCAAGCGGAACCCCCAAGAUGCCAAGCUGUUCAGCAACCGCGCCGCCUGCUACACCAAGCUGCUGGAGUUCCAGCUGGCCCUGAAGGACUGUGAAGAGUGUAUCAGACUGGAGCCUGCUUUCAUAAAGGGCUAUACGCGCAAGGCCGCCGCCCUGGAGGCCAUGAAGGAGUUUAGCAAAGCGAUGGACUUCUACCAGAAAGCCCUGGAUCUCGACUCCAACUCCAAGGAGGCAUCAGAGGGGCUGCAGCGUUGCCUAGUCAACCAGGCGAUGCGCAACGACGACCCCGAGGAUGUGAAGCGCAGGGCCAUGGCCGACCCAGAGGUGCAGCAGAUCAUGAGCGACCCGGCCAUGCGCCUCAUCCUGGAGCAGAUGCAGAAGGACCCCCAGGCACUCAGCGACCACCUGAAGAAUCCAGUCAUUGCUCAGAAGAUCCAGAAGCUCAUCGAUGUCGGCCUGAUAGCCAUUCGGUGAUUGGAGGGAAACCGAAGUAUGGUUCAAGCACAGAACGAGAUGACAUUGAGGCUACAGAAGAACAACACAACCCCCCCCCUCAUCUCUUACCUCCAUCAGACAUCAAGAUCUACAGUCGACCCAAGUUUAUUCUCAGCCAAAACAGUGUUUAAGGCAACAGCAACCAGUUCCAGAAGACUUAAUGAUUCACAUCCCAGAAUUUCUAAAUAUUUUGAAAUGCAUGCUUUAACUGUUCUUGAGCAGGGGUUAAUUUUGAUUUUGUAGGUUUGUCAUUUUAAGCCAGACAAUUAUGCUUAUUAUAGCAGUCAAUUAGAUCUGAUUUAGAUUUGUUCUUCACUAUACGCACAGCAAAUACUCUAUAACUGUAACUUGUUAAAGUGAAUCAUAAUCCCACUUUAUAUCUGUGAUUCCCCCCCCCCCCCAUUUGAAAAAGAAAAAGAUCAGUUCUCUGAAUGUGUUCUUGUGCCCCUUCUUGAAUUGUGCAAUUUCAUGCAUUGAUCAUGCAUGAAAGAAGCAUAUUGCUGUUUGAUCCUAAAUGGUUCUUUUGUCUUUGGCUAAAUGAUCUUAAAGAUGCUUGAGAUAGCCCAGUAUCUGGCCGCAGUAUGAAUGUGUGGUGUUUUUUUUUUUUUUUUUUAGUAUUUUCUUUUUUUUUUUUAUAUAUAUACAUAUAUAAAUGUAAUCGGACCUCAAAAGGCAAUGUUCUACCUGGAUGCUGUGUUGGCCUGAAAAAUGACACCGACGAACAUUUCUCAAGCUGCUCUGCCCUCCCCCGGCUGCUCUCACCCACUAGAGGGUGCACUUUACCUGCAUUUUAACUAGGAUUCUUGUACACUUUCCACCACAACUACACAGAACUUCUGUAUUUCAGUAAGACUGGGAGAGGUAGUGCUUGUUGCCAAGCCACACUGCGAUAUUUAUGACAUGUUAGCCUAGCAUUUAAUGAUUGGUUCCCUCUGUGGAACAUUUGAAAGUCUAUAUGAUUUUCCCAGGUAUAGCUAUACUGCUUUGUCAUUUAUACUAAUGCAGUAAUGGGAUUUCAGUCAAGCAUGACCUAUGAAGAUGUAUUUCUGCACCUGGGCCUUGAACCACAUUUUGUUUAAUUUGGUUUUGACAUUGAUGCUGUAAUGGGGUUUGCUUAUCAGUAAAAGGAUGCCCAUUCUUCAUUUUCAUUAAUAUCACAUGAUUUUGCGUUUAAUUUUUAUUUUCUAAGGAAACACUAAUAUAAAAAUUUCACACAUCUGACAACUGGUGACCGUGCUACAUAUUUCUAUGAAGAUUUUGGGUUCAGUUACAGUAUCAGGAUUAAGGCUUGAUGAACCCAACAAUUUGUAGCACUUACUGGAAAAGGCUAACUUAUUAUUCUAACAUGUAGUAGAUCAUUAAGUGCAAUAUUUGUGACUGAUUGUAUUGCAGAAGUCACCCGCUUCCAUUGAACAGGGCCUUCAAGCACAUGCCUGUCUCGCACUGCGUCAUUAAACUUCAGCCAACCCAAAGUGAAGAAGUUGAGGGGGAACGGCUUUGGUCAGAAAUGCUGAUUGAAGGAAAUCAAAUACUUCCAACAAUCUUCCCCGAUACACUGUAAAUUAGGCUUUGCUAGACCUUAGGAGAGCCGGGAUAGUAUAAGCGCUUUCUAUUCACCUGUAUCACUUCACUGUAUUAGUUGUCUUUCCAGUGCACUAGGUAUAGAUAGGGUGUGUCUAUGUCCACAGCUAUGUCAUAAAAAUCUACAUUAAGGAAGACAACUGGAAACUGCAAUCUGGUUUGCUGAUGGAAUUGGUGAGAUGAAAAUACAAGCCAGUAGGCUUAAAAACGAAGGGUGAAAAGAAUGAAUGCAGUGACAUUCCAAAUAGGUUCUCUUAGGUUGCCUAUUGCCAUUUGGAAUCACGUCAUUCUUUGUAUUGUCUGUCUAACCAACUGCUAGCCUUUCACAUGCCUUUCAAUGCUCAUUACUGCUUCAGCAAGACUCAUUCAGAGUGUUCAGGUUGGUCUUUGGGUGUAAUGCAAAAAAAAAUAAAAAUAUGUGAAACCUGCAGGAAUGGCAAGGCACCGCAUCGAACAAUCGGAGGGUCUGUUGUAUUGCUACGAAUUGCAUGAUUGUAUUUUUGUCAGCAAUAAAGUAAAUGUAACUGCUGGAAA